AUGGCCUUGCCCCAGCCACGACGACUAUACACGCCUUCCGGCCUUGAGCUGCCAGGUCAGCUCCGUACAGAACGUCGCAAGUCAAUCCCAGUACCACUCAACUUCACCACGAUGGAGGAUGCUAUAGCACGCUGGGAGCAGGCCCUGCAGGCGACGACCAGUAACCGCCAGCGGGUUCGAGAGGCAUUACGCGUGGCGGUGAAUGUACAUGCGAAGAUCUGCGAGGAGAUUGGCCCCCUAGCACGGAGAGAGAGGGUGAUGAUGAAGUUGCGAAUGAAAAAGGACGCCGACAGACCGCUCCACAUCCUUCACCUCGAAGUCGCCAGGAAGGACCUAUCCCGCCUCACCACCGAACAACACCUCGUCGAAACCCAAGUCAGCGCCGUAAUCCGAGGCUUCUACGCCUUCACCACCAAAAGCUUCUCCCACUUCGACCGUCAAGACACAACCGCCCUCGACCCCCAAACACGCCUGGAAUACGACCUCGACCUGGCGCGGCUGAGGCUGAAUAUUACGAAUAUCCUGUGUACCUACGACUUCAGCGAGCGGACUUAUACAGGCGAUAGCGCGAGGCUGAUGGGUUGCAUUUGGGAGGCUGAGAGGGGUGUUAGUAAGAGGUCUAAGUUCGCGUAUGAAGCGCAGAAGGCUGUGCAGCACGCGGAGACGGAGCUGGCGGCUGCGGAGGGGCGAUAUAUCAAAGCCUUUGACGUGCAACGCGAUGCGGUCGAGAACCUCGCGGGAGCUAUGAGUGCAGCGAAUGCAGGGCGGAAGGCUCAGCUCACGCACCUGCACGCCGAAGCAGUGCGGCGCUGGGUCGCGCUCUGUAAGAGCCUUUUCACCGAUUACCCCAACCUGGAAACAUUCCCAAAGCCACCACCCUACCACACCUGCCAGAGCAGAACCUGCGAGGCUCAGAAGACGCACAGGGCGUUGGGGUGUGAGAGCGGCGGUGGAGAUGUUGGGGAGGGAUGA